ACACACACACCCACCCCAAUACACUAAUCACACACACCAAUCACAAGUUACAGCCUACAUCACAUGGAGAGAGGAGGCGAUUCGGCAGUGUGGAGUGGAGCCGGACAGUGCGGGUCUGGGUACGGCUGUGAAAGACCAGGAUAGCGCUGUGCUUGUGGAUUAAUUUGUCUGUCUCCGGACUGGCCAUCGGUCACUUUUACGCUUCAGGAUUUCUUGCGGCUGAAAUGUUUCAGGAUCCAACAGCAGUAUCCUUCAUCCCUGUUGUGGUGCAGUUCUGGGUCUGAGAACGGAGCUGAUCCGCGGGAUAACAGCCACCAGGCCUUAGGGCCACUGGACCAAUAAGACAUGCUGGCUGCCAUGCUGCGCCAGAGUACUGGCGGAGGAUCAGGAGGCGGUAGUGGCGGCGCUGGUGGAACCAAACUCUCUCUAGGCAUCUCCCGACUCUCCAGCUCCAGCUUGGGUUCAGCGGGCCCUGCCAGCGCGGGGCCCCGUGUGCCGGGCAGGCUCUCCAAGAGCGGCUCGGUGAGCACGGACAGCCCAGAUGUCCCCGCCUCUGACCCAAACUAUAUUAUGCAGCUGGUCAGCGACGUGCGCAAGUUUGCUGACGUGCUUCUACAACUCAAAGAAGUUUUCAACUCCAAAGAGCUCCAGGACUGCCUCCAUCAGGCAGUUCAUGAGCGUCUCGGGGAGCUGUUGCGAGUCCUGAAGGCCAUUAUCAGCAAACACCAGAGCCUCAACUCAGUGGACAUCCUCAGUACAGCUGGAACCGUCAUCGCCACGGUCAAAGGGGUGAACUUUAAGGAGGUGAACGAAGAGAACAAACAGAAGCUUUUCAGAGAGAUCUACACCGCUAUCGACACAUUGGCAUUCACCUUUGGCAAUGUAGUGUCUGACUUCCUUAUGGGAGAUGUAGAGAAUGGAUCAGUGUUGGGGCUCCCCCUGACUAAGAGAAGCAGGUCUUUUGAGAACCUCUCCGUGGAAUCUGGAGGAUCCGGUCCCGAGAAAGAUGAUCCGCCAGAGCCGUCUUCGCCAGUUCGAGCAGAAGAGGUGGACAGGACACUGCAGCGGCAGGACAGCGGGUUGGAGUCAGCGCUGCUCUACGCCAAGGCCUGGUCCAAGUACACCAAAGAGCUGCUGGCGUGGGUGGAAAAGCGUCUCAGUAUGGAUAUUGAGUGUGCAAAGAGCUACGCCAAAAUGGCUGAAUCUGCCAAGAUGCUUGCAAGUCAACAGGAAUUCAUGCCUUUCCGUGAGACCUACAUGACUGCUUUCAAAAAUGACAUUGAAUACAGCCAGCUGGUACUUCACACUGCAGCAGUACUCCAAAGCAACAAAUUCAUGCAGCCUCUCCUGGCCAGAAAGAAUGAGCUGGAUAAACUACGAAAGGAGGUCAAGGAGCAGUGGCAGAGAGAGCAAAAGAAAAUGCAUGAGGCAGACAGUGCUCUGAGGAAGGCUCGGCUGCUGCAGGCCCAGCGGCAGGAGGAAUAUGAGAAGGCCAAGGUGUCCACCAGUCGCUUGGAGGAGGAGCAGAUUGGAGGAGGAGGAGGAGGAGGAGGAGGAGCAGCGGCGGCCAAACAGCUAGAGAAGAGGCGCAGGCUGGAGGAGGAGGCCCUGCAGAAGGCUGAGGAAGCCAGGGAGCACUGCAAAGCAUGUCAGAUUGAUGUUGGGGAGAAGAGAGUCGAUCUGGCCAACACCAAGAGUGAGAUCAUCACUCAGAUCCGAGAGAUGGUCUCCCAGUGUGACCUCACCCUCAAGGCUGUGACGGUCAAUUGGUUCCAACUGCAGCAGGCCCAGGUUGUAUCUCUCCCUGUCAACCACCAGAGUCUGUGUGAAAAUGCCAAACUGUACGAGCCGGGCCAGCGCUAUAUCGACUUUGUCAGGAGUCUACCCACUGAUGGGCCUCGCCUGGAGUCCCACUCGUUUGAUUCAGCUGUCACACAAAACACAGGGAUGCCUUUCAACAAGCGCUCGCUAAGUGGCAGCCACUCAAACCACAGUAACCUGUCACAGGCAUCCGUGACAUCUGACCUCCUUGGUGCAGAGGACGUGGACAGUCCCAUCACUGCCCAACACACCAAGAUUGCAGAGAGGUGCUCCAACAGUAGCACUGACAUCCAAGCACUUCGGAUUCAGGGCCCAUUUCGUCCUUGGGCCUCGGCCAGCCAGGGUGGAGGGAUGUGCAGCGACUCAGAAAGUGCUGGAGGGAGCAGUGAGUCCCGGUCCAUGGACUCACCCACUGAAAGCCCAGGAGACUUCAAGAGGAAAUUACCCAGAACCCCCUCCACUGGCACCAUGUCGUCUGCUGAUGACCUGGAUGAGAGAGAGCCUCCCUCUCCCUCUGAUAAUGGUUUAAGUGAGAUGGUAAUCGAAACAGCCAGCUCUCCAGGUCCCUUCAGAAACACACAGAUGUCCAAAGCUGCUCAAACCCACAAGCUGAGGAAGCUUAGAGCACCAUCCAAGUGUCGUGAGUGCGACAGCCUGGUGGUGUUUCAUGGAGCAGAGUGUGAGGAGUGUUCGUUGGCCUGCCAUAAGAAGUGUCUGGAAACCCUGGCCAUCCAGUGUGGCCAUAAGAAGCUCCAGGGGAGGCUUCACCUCUUUGGCAUUGACUUCACACAGGCAGCUAAGAACAGUCAGGACGGCAUCCCCUUCAUCAUACGGAAGUGUACGUCAGAAAUCGAGAACAGAGCGCUCAACAUUAAGGGUAUCUACCGCGUGAAUGGUGCCAAGUCUCGGGUUGAGAAGUUGUGCCAGGCGUUUGAGAAUGGCAAGCACCUGGUGGAGCUCUCCGAACUUUAUCCCCACGACAUUAGCAACGUACUCAAACUCUACCUGAGACAGCUUCCAGAGCCUCUCAUCCUGUUCCGCUACUAUAAUGACUUUAUCGGUUUGGCCAAGGAAAGCCAGAGUAUCAUUGUGGAGGAACUGGAGGCGUUGCGGCUCAGUCCUACUCCAGUGACCCCAGCCCAGGUCAGCGUGGAGCUCAACCGGGUCCUCUUCAAAAUCAAGGACCUGCUGAGGCAGCUGCCACCAGCUCAUUACAAGACACUGCGGUUCCUCAUAGAGCAUCUGCACCGGGUGACCGAGCAAUCAGAGGAGAAUAAGAUGACAGCCAGCAACCUGGGAAUCAUCUUUGGCCCAACACUGAUCAAACCAAGGCAGGCGGACGCUGAAGUUUCCCUUUCCUCUCUGGUGGAUUACCCGUAUCAGGCACUCAUUGUUGAGCUCCUGAUCAGACACUACCAGAUGGUCUUUGACACCCCCCUCAGUCCCCUGGGCAGCACCUCACCUACAGAGAUUGAUGCCCAACCCCGCCCUGACACCCGCCUCACCCACCAGGAGAAGGAGCAGCAGCUGAGCAGGCACUCCAAGUCGCUGGGAGACAUUAAGGAGCAGAGCUCUAAGGUGUAUAAGAGGCAUUCCUCCAUAAUUCCUUCUUCCCACUUAUUGGCUGAGGUUCAGGAGAAAAUGCCAAACCUCGAUGGAAGUGACUUUGAACCUGCUGAUGAAGUGGAUUCAGAGACCUUCAACAGGGUUUUGUCAUCAAGCGUCCCUGAAGUUCCGAAACCUGGUGAGAGAGGCCUCUGUCGUUCUCAGCAUAUCACCGUCACCAGGGUCCAGCUUCGACACGCUCGCAACAAACUCUCCUCCCGGCCAGCGAGCAUGCCAGCUGAACAGAUACUCAAUCGAGGCCAAGUAGACAAGAAUAACACCCGGAACAGCACUGAUGAAGAUGAGAGGAAAGGAGGUAGUUGCGACUGGUCCAUUGAAGAGGUGGGCGAAACUGAGAAUACAAAAUUGCGAGUGGGCACACAUUACCGGAGUACAUUUAUUGACACCCAGACGUUACGCAGAACUUGGGACAAACAAUACAAGCAUGAUGUUGCUUCCAGAACUGUCAAAAUUGUGGCCAAUUCGCCCACAGAGAGUACAGCAGUAGAUGCCAACAAUUUAUCAGCUUCUGUGCCAUUGUCCUCAUCAACCUUCUCUGUUGGAACUACUGAGAGCACUAUUAGCACCAUCUACCCCAAUAGACCUUACACCAUCGCAGUGCGACCCAGCAGGACUUUAAGAAGGGAGGACAAUGUAAUCAAGUACAACCCUGUCGCAACAGCUUUCAGGGCUCCCAGAACUCUACAGCCUCCCCCAGGGACCUUCUACAAGCCCCCGUCAGGGAGCAAAGCGAAAGUGCUGCAGAACUGUGCAUUAGCUAACAGCGCUGAGGAAGAAGAUGAGGAGGAGGAUGACGAAGAGGAUGAAGAGUUGGGGAUUGAGAUAGAGGUGUCUGUAGAUGAGCCUAUUGAGGAAGACAUUGAGGCUGAGCAGGCAGCCAUGUCUCAGUCUCCCAGGUCUAGCCCUGAGGAAAUGGGCCAAAACCAGGCCAAACCAGUGUACCAGAGACUAAGGCCCAGACGCCUCCAAGAGGUAGAACAUCGAGAGGCUCAUUUUGUGUGAUCAUCUGAGAGUCAUGGGCUAUCAGAGAUCUAAAAAACGGUGCUCGAAUGUGAACAAUGUGUGCCAUAUUCUCGUAGACAAAGAAUAAGAAACAUCUGCAUUGACUCUGCAAAGGCAAUUUCCAGAUGUGCUAUGAUUGUGGGCACUGUGUGGACAAUUAAAUGUACCUUUGGUCCUCAAAAGACAAACAAGAUGCACUUAAAAUGCUGUAUAUUUUUAACAUGAUUCACCAAUAUUUCAUUUACCAAUCACUUGCUCAGUACACUCUGGCACCUGGUCAGACUAUUUAAUUCUUUUUGAAACUGUGCAAUUACAUUUUUAUUUGAAUAUUUUGUAUAAAGUUCUUACAGGCUCACUAUCUAUGUAUGUUUAUAUACCAAAAAACUAUGUUUGAAUCGUUACAAUAGUGCAUGUAGCCACAACACUGAAAAAAGUUUGGUGCACUUAGUUGACAUCAAUACUCUCACACAAAUCUUUUCUGAGUCGUGUUUCUACCUACUGUGAGUCAGACUGUUUUAAACUGUUACAUUUAGGUUAUAAUUAAUCAUUUUGCUAAUAACGUGUAUAAAGGAAUAUAAUGACCUUUGUUACAUGCUGUCCUGGGUAUCUGUAUUGGCAUUUGGUAAUGUUAUGAAGCACCAGUUGCAAAGGGUAUACAUCCACUUGUUUUUAUACUGUUGAACUUGUAUGGUGUCAACUUAAACUGAUCUGAAAAGCUUUUGAAAUGCCACUGGAUUGUAUAAUGGCAUUAUUGUUCUUAUUUGAAUAUAACAUUUACAUUUCUUAAUAGCCAAAGCUGUUUUUCUUUUUACAACUGAAGUAGUUUUAUCAAUAACCUAAACCUUACAGGUCCUUUGUAAGUAAUAGGAAGUGCAUCAUUUAUUUAAAUGGUAUCUGUUUUUCAUGGUUAUGUACAAGGUUGACAGAAUGUUGAAGUUCAGUGUUAAAAAAACAGGUACAUGAAAACAAACACCCUUUUGUAACUUAUUAAAAUAUAUCUGACAACUCCUGA